GCGGGCGGGCACCUGACGCCGGAGGCAGGCGCGCGAGGCCCUGGGCAACCGCGGGCGGGGGCAUGGCGGAGGUGGCGCGCGCGCCGGCCGCCCGGCCGAGCCUGACCUCCAUCUCGUCGGGGGAGCUGCGCAGCCUGUGGACGUGCGACUGCGAGCUGGCCCUGCUGCCGCUGGCCCAGCUGCUGCGCCUGCAGCCCGGCGCCUUCCAGCUGCGCGGCGACCAGCUCGUGGUGUCCGGCCCCGGGGGACCGGCGGCGGUGCGCGGCGGCUUCAACGUCUUCGGCGACGGCCGCGUGCGCCUCGACGGGCAGCUCUACCGCCUCAGCAGCUACAUCAAGAGAUAUGUGGAACUGACCAACUACUGCGAUUAUAAAGACUACAGGGAAACUAUACUGAGCAAACCAAUGCUGUUCUUUGUUAAUGUACAGACCAAAAAAGACACCUCCAAAGAAAGAACAUACGCAUUUCUUGUGAACACAAGGCACCCCAAAAUAAGAAGACAGAUAGAGCAAGGGAUGGACAUGGUCAUCUCCUCAGUGAUUGGAGAAAGCUACCAGCUUCAGUUUGACUUUCAAGAAGCAGUAAAAAAUUUUUUCCCUCCAGGAAAUGAGGUGGUUAACAGAGAAAAUUUGAGCUUUGUGUAUGAAUUCAAAGCUGAUGCAUUAUUUGAUUUCUUCUAUUGGUUUGGGCUCAGCAAUUCCACUGUAAAGGUGAAAGGAAAAGUUCUGAAUUUGUCAAGUACAAGUCCAGAAAAGAAGGAGACAAUUAAAUUAUUUCUGGAAAAAAUGAGUGAACCUUUAAUCCAAAGGAGCAGUUUCUCUGACCGAAAAUUCAGUGUAACUUCCAGAGGUUCAUUAGAUGAAGUUUUCAACUGCAAUCGGUCACCCAGAUCAUCUCUGACUGAGGUUCUUUUGGCAGAAUUGCCGUUUCCAAGCGUUCUGGAAUCUGAAGAGACACCCGACCAAUUUAUCUGAUUGGAUUGAACAUGUUGUGGUCACUGCUAUCUGCCAGGCAGGCCUGUUGGAGGACAGAAGGCUGAGGGGAGGCGAGAGGUGG